AUGCAUCAGCCCAGCUCUGAUUCUCAGCCAAUAUUGACGGGAAAAAGAGCUGAGGCUAUAGCGAUUUUACAGCAGAUCCCCGAGGCAAAUGAGGUCCGCUUUGAGCCUGUACGAACAGAUAAAAAGCGCGCCCCUAAACUACAACUCCCACCCCAUAUUAAAGUUAUGGAGCCAUAUCAAAUCUUUAGUCUAUUUUUCAUCGAGGAUUUAUUCAAAGUUCUUGCCCACAAUACAAAUAUGUAUGCGUACGCGAAACUAUCAAAGAACACGAACCCACACCACCGAAAUUGGCGAUCAACCACACCGAGAGAACUCAAGGCUUUCAUCGGAGCUCAAAUAUAUAUGGGAAUUGCUAAGGAACCGCAGCUAAAAGAUUACUGGGACGAGGAGAAGCAUAACGAAUCGAUUCAUGCCAAUCACCCUUUAUCCGAAUAUAUAACAUGCAUCCGGUUUGAGCAAUUGAAGCGCUAUUUUCAUAUAUCUAGGCCCUCCGAGGUCCCCGGAGGCUUCAUACCAACCUUUUACCGCCUAGAGCCUACUGCGGAGCAGGAAUUACAAUUGAGCGAAGAGCAAUUGAGCGGUAUCUGGUGGCAUAAAGUUCAUAUUGUGCUCGACAUGCUGCGAAAAGCCUCAAAAAAUCUAUAUAUUCCUUCGUCCAAUAUAUCGAUUGAUGAGGCAAUAAUUUGCAGCUAUGGAAGAUCUUCUCACACGUACAAAAUGCUUAAUAAACCGAUCAGCCAGGGCUUCAAGAUGUUCGUUCUUGCGGAUCAUGGUUAUUGCUACUAUUUUUACCCGGCAAGCCGUACAAUGGGGGUUAUUGAGGUGGGAAAGACAAAAGACCUUACUAAAACAGGCCAAAUGGUGUAUGAGCUCGUACAAACCCUGCCAAAGGACGACAGAACGUACGAUCUGUACCUCGACAACUACUUUACUAGCGUUAAUCUAUUCAAAGCGCUUCGAGAUAUACAAGUGGGAGCUUGUGGCACUACCCGGCCUCAUAAGGAGUUCCCUAAUUUGCUCAAAAAACUGAAAGAUUUGGGUUCAUAUAUCCCAUAUCACAAAGUUUGUGCUAUCCCCGUCAAUGACGUUCUCUGCGUUGCAUGGCAAGAUAAUAAUAUUGUCCUUGCGCUCACUACAAUUCAUACAGUUGAUAAGACAGAUGAUUAUGUUGAGUGUACGCGCCGAAGGCCUCAAAAGACUUCAACAAAUGGCCCCCUAGUGCAUAAAGAAUUCGGUGAACAAGCGGUCAAAAAUAUGCCUAUCCCACGCUUUAUUGAUGAUUAUAAUUAUUAUAUGGGAGGGGUGGAUAUAGCCAAUCAGCACAGAGCUGCAUGUAGGGAUUGUCAACGCCUACAAAAUCCAUUCUUUACGUUGUAA